AGUAGGCCUAUAGUAGCUAUCCAUGGCAUGUACUUUUGACGUUAAGAGUGCAUUCUCUACAGCUGAAUCACUUUAGAACGCAUACUAUAUAGAGCUUUCUGAAUAUCCAAGCGAAAACGCUAUUCUGCGUUAUUAUCAGGCCCAGUAAAAAAAAAGUUAUCAACAUUAGCAAAGUACGUGCUACAACUAGAGAAUGAGUGCCAAUCUAUCACGUGAGUAUACCAAUUUUUUUGUAUCCCUUGUCUAAUUUUUUUUCGGUAGGUAAAAAACUUCGACUCUCAAAGAACAGUUAACGAUGACUGAUCGCAAGCGCUAUCUCUCCUUUCUCCAUGUUCUCCUGAUCUGGCUGAUAGUUGUGACUCUCAUGCCGGAAGCUUCACUCGGUCUGCCCUUGAAGAACGAGCACAUGACCAAACGAAGUCUAGACAAUCUCAUACACAAUAGCGGAGCAGACCAGCUUGCAAUCUCAACGCGCCCUGAUCCAGACCCUCCCACCACGAGUUUACUGGCUGUCACGGACACGGAGCCUCAAUGCCUGCUUCAUCACGAGUACGCAGAGAUUCUCCACAGAGGGCACGAUGACAGUGACCCCCUAGUUAGAUCGUUCAUCAACCGGCACGGUGAAAUCAGACAUUAUGUGUGUCUUCCCUGUCGGUCAUGCCCCCCUGGAGUUCGAAUUCUUUCCCCCUGUCAUCGAAGAAGGGACACCAUUUGUAGCUCCACUUGUGUCGAACCCAACUACCAGUUCGACAUGGACCGACAGAUGUGCAUUCCACAGGAUCCAGCACAAGACACUUCUACUCAGGCAUCAUCUUCAACCGCAAUUCUUUUGCCCCGGACCACAGCGAAUAACUUGGUAUUCGUAGUAGAUGACAGCACGGGAGACAGUGGCAUCAUUGACACAGUCGAUCAAUUUACAGCGCCACCGCCAUCACACAAAGCACUUGGAACACAAGUUACUGUUAUAACAGUUGGCAUAGUGACACUGAACAUGCUUGCCAUUGCGGGAAUUGCCCUCAUAUAUAAAAGAGCCAAGUGUAGAAAACGGUACCAGAAGUCUCGAAGUGGAUGCUUCAAUAAUGUCUUAUCGACUCCUCAUGAUGCUACCCAAUCGUCUGUACAGUCUUCAUCAGUACAUAAUCAAGUAGAUAAUAGACCAAACACUACAUCUGAUAGUUCCAGUGAUAGAUCAACUUCCAGAGGGAUCCAGGGAGAAACGAGCCUUUCAGACCGACGUCAACCUCAAAGUGAACCGAGUUCCCAACGAGCCAAGGAAAGUAACCUGAAUAUCUUCCGAGAACCAGGUUAUGAACAGGGUGCCGUAACAAUUAUGGUCUCGCAAGAAAACGAGUCGGUCUCCCCAGCUCCUAUUCAAGUCCUCCGUGGCAAAGAUCCAUACUGGCUUGUCAUGAUCGGCCAGUUCGGCCCAGAAGGGGGCGUCCUUUCUUGCGAAGACUCUGAUGUCAUCUUGGAGAUUCCACCAGGUGCUAUCCCUGCCGACCAUCAAAACCAGACAAUCAUUGCAAAGGUCUCGCUGCGACCAGAUGUCGCUGGACCGAAAAAGAAAGACCCUGACUCCCUGUGGUUGACUCCCCUUGUGGAAUUUGAAUCCCCUGGACUUAAGAGAUUCAACAAGGAUGUCAGGAUGAGGCUUCCACAUUGUGCCCGCAUGAAGCCUGGCUGGACCUUCUGUGUGAACUACACUAAUCCCGCCGCUGACACCAAAUGCAAGAGGCUAACCGAACCUGCUACCAGUAACCGACACCCGGAGGCUGACAGCUUCCUGCUUUCCAGUGACGCCAAAUCAGAGUCAACUUGGUUUUCUGUUGAACAGAAAUGUAUCUUAACCAAGUCUGGAAAAAGCUGUCGCAAGGCUUCUGUAGAAGGUGACGACGUGACUUUCACAGUCGACGAGAAGUACUUCAAUGUCUCAACGUCACACUUCUCUAAAUACUGCUGCACAGGAUGCCAUAAAGAACACCCUCUUCAUCUGGAGGCUGUAGUUUACUGGAUUCACACAAAGGUCCAAGGUCGUGAGCAGAUGGAUCUGAACGUUUAUAUCCUUGAUCCAAUAAAGGAUGCCCGAGUGCGGGUCGACCAGAAUGAACGGUACAGCGACAGCCACACAGGUUAUUACGAUCUCAUCUUAGGCUAUAAGAAGAAGAGCAAGGAACCAUCUCCAAUCGAGAUCAGUGUUCCAGAGGACUGCAUGGGAGACGACUGGAAGUGGAAACUAGAUACCUACAAUGGAUGCCUGCCGGCUAAGAAGGUAAUUCCAAUCCAGUCGCUGAUUCGAUGUUGCUCACCCCUCAUGUUCUCCCGUCAGACAUUCUCCUUCAGCCCCAAGAACCCUGCCAAGGACAAGCAACUGUCUUUCUUCAAGGCGAUAGUCUGCAUCAAGCAGGAGAACUGGCCCGAGGGCGACCCCACCAACAUUCUUGUCACCGUGCCUCUUGCAGCGAAGGAAACGAUAGAAUCUUACUUGAAUGUGAACAACAACAGAGAAACAGGCGCUAUCGUGACAGAUGCCCAAAUCAAGCUUGUUGAAAGCAAACUGUCGGUCAAGAACUGGCGCCCUCUGUACCGCAAGCUGACUGGCGAGGGAGCGGACGUCAAGCUCGGCCACAUCGAGGCCAGACACCCGAACAACACCGCCGAGCAGAUCCACGAAGCUCUGGUGGACUGGCGGACGAGUGCCGGACCCAUGGCCAGGCUCCAAGACCUGAUUGUCGCUCUGGAAGAAGUUGGACACAGGGAUAUCGUGGAUUCCUUGCAGCCGGUGAUGAAGAUGAAUGAUGAACUCAUCGUUCAAUCUGACGAACCGUCGAUGUGUAAAAAAGAGACAUGUGUUUAGAAAAAAAAUCAAUCAAGGGCAAGUGUCGGUGAGCUGCAAAUAAGCGGGGAGAUUUGCUCACCCAGAAAAUGGUUGAUCUCGAAAGAUAGCAUGUCACUUUACAAAAUGCCAUGAGAUACCUGUAUGUUCAAAAUCCAAAUGUCAGUGUCAUUGAUCUAGCACAGCAUAGUGAUCUGCUUAUUGCACAGACAAUUGUUGAGCUUGGAAAGAAUUGCUUAGAAGAAAAAUAGGUUAUACCUUACAAAAUUACAUUAGACUAUAGUAAUUGACCUAUCGCCUUUUGCGAGUUAGCAAUGCCCCUCAGACAACCCUAUGGAGAUUUUGUACAGUAUGUUUUAUUUGUCUCAGUUUUUUGCGCGUUCCGCGUCCAUUUGU